CUUCCACAAACAACAUCGACCCUCACUCAUUUUUUCAAUAAACUAUCUUUCCUUUUGCUCUGUUUUGCAUUUGGUAGAACAUGGCUAAGAUUUCUAGCACCGUAUUCUCUUUGAGACACUUCUUAGUUUUAUCACUCGCUUUAAAUGUGAGCUUAAUACUGAGAAUAGUGUACGAAGGUGAAGAAGGCCAUGACAACUCUUGUUUGAAGAAUGAAACAGGAAAUUCAAUUUCUAGAGCUGAUUUUGACACAAAAACACAUAAUAUCCUCAAAUCACGUGUGGUUAUGUCAUCUACUUUGUCUUCGGGGAAUUCUACUUGCAAAUAUCAUACAGGAAGCAGGAACAAAGUAAUCAAUCUCGACCACGGGGAUCCGACAGUGUAUGAAAGAUUUUGGCGACAAAGGGGUGACAAGAGCACGAUAAUAAUAUCAGGAUGGCAAUCAAUGAGUUAUUUUUCGGAUGUGUCGAACAUAUGCUGGUUUCUGGAAACAGAGUUUGCUAAGGAGGUUGUGAGGUUACACACAUUGGUCGGUAAUGCAGUCACUGAAGGUCGUCACAUUGUUGUAGGGACAGGUUCCUCUCAACUUUUUCUUGCUGCACUCUAUGCUCUCUCCCCUCAACAUUCACCUCAACCAAUCAAUGUUGUCUGUGCCUCUCCCUAUUACUCUUCAUACCCAUCAAUGACAGAUUACCUGAAAUCUGGACUAUACAAAUGGGGAGGGAAUGCAGAUAGUUAUGAGAAAGAAGGUCCGUACAUAGAGGUGGUGACAUCACCAAAUAAUCCAGAUGGACAUGUAAGAAGGUCAAAGGUCAACAGAAGUGAGGGACUACUGCUUCAUGAUCUUGCCUAUUACUGGCCCCAAUACACUCCUAUAUCUUCCCCUGCUGAUUAUGAUCUCACUCUUUUUACUCUCUCCAAAACCACUGGUCAUGCUGGAAUGCGCAUAGGGUGGGCUCUUGUGAAAGACAAAGAGGUAGCAAAGAAAAUGACCAAAUUCAUAGAGCUGAACACAAUAGGAGUCUCAAAGGAUUCACAACUAAGAGCUGCUAAGGUGUUAAGGGCUGUUUCUGAUAGCUGUGAAGAAGAAAACUCUCAAGAGGGAGAGUCUUUCUUCAAGUUCAGCCACAAUCUCAUGGCAAACAGGUGGAAGCAGCUGAGAGAAGUAGUGGACUCUAGUCAAUUGUUUAGUUUGCCACAGUUUUCUCCUGCUUUUUGCAAUUUUUUCAAUCAAGUGGUAGAGCCUCAACCAGCUUUUGUGUGGUUGAAGUGUGAGGGAAAUGUGGAAGACUGUGAAAAGUUCCUUAGAGCACACAACAUCAUAACAAGAAGUGGAAAGCACUUUGGGGUUAGCAGAAAAUAUGUAAGAAUUAGCUUGUUGGAUACUGAUGAAAAUUUUAACCAAUUUGUAGACAGACUAUCUACCAUACAGUCUCUGUAGUGGAAAUUUGUUGUUGAUAAUAUAUUUUCUAUACUUAUUUAAUAAA